ACCUUGAGCGAUCCUCCUGCCUCGGCCUCCCAGAGAGCUAGGAUUACAGGUGUCAGCUACCAUGCCCAGGCCCAGCUAUAGUUCUGACAUGUAAAAGUAUAAAAUCAGGCUUCCCUGGGAAGUCAGCAGCUCUUCUCUAAACACUAGUCCUUGUCUGUCACUAAAUGGGUAGGUUGCCUUGAGACAGGUCACUUCACCCCUGACCUGUUUCUUCAAAAAUGAAAUAAUGAGGUUAGGUUCUGCACCUUGAUCCAUACACUGAGUCUAGGCCCUACGGGCUGUUCCAAGUGCUGUGGACAAAAAGACCAGCUGUGCCAAGUACUAUGGACAACCUCCAAGGAGUUCAGAAUGUAGAGGGAGAGUCACGGAAGCCAGCAAUGACAACAGAGCAUAACAGUGUUCUGUUAGGAGCUGGAAAAAGAGGCCCCUCCUGCAAAAUGGUUCUCCUCCAGCUCUGGCAGGUGUGGAAUUUGGGUGGGGGAUGUUAAGAAAGGCCUCCCAGAGUAAUUACAGGAAAGGCAGGAAUUAGCCAGGCAGGCGGGGAGGAGGAGUAUCCAAGUAGAGGAAACAGGAUAUGAAAGCACAGCAGGAGCAAAGAAAACAAGAGCUCCCCAAGAACAUCUUUGAACAUCUACUGAUGUCCACUUUCAGAGUUUAUUUUCCCUCCCCUGUGGGUCCAUAAGCAGCCCCUGUGAAGCCUCACAGACCUAACACAACAACCUCUCCUAGGAUGCAUCAGCAACUAACAUGUAUUCGUUGAGAGCCUACUAAGAGCCCUACACAGAUGCAGGAGAUGCCUGAAAGUCUUGCAGUUUGGUUACAGGACGCCCAGUUCUGGCCUCGGGGCCGGUGAAGUGCAGAAGCCUUGUUUGCCCAUCUCCGGUGGUGUGGCAGGCAGACAUCUAGGAAGCAAAGAAUGGCCCCCUCCCCUGCCACCCAUUACGCUGACACCAGUCUUUUAUUUUGGGGAUACUUCCAAGGUUUUCUACUCAGAAAGGCAGGGAAAAUGGGAUGAGGGAUGGGAGAGGGUUAGAAAAGGGCUCCGCCUCGGAUAAGGCAGGCUUCUCUUUGCAAAGGUCAGUUCAGGCCUCAGAAUAACACUUCCCCUCCCCCAGCACUCCACCUCUGGCACCUCCGGAAGAGGGUGGCUUUGGCCAUUGUGGGUCAUAGCCAACUUCCUGGCAGGGAACUGUAGAUUUAGUCAACAACAUUCAAAUCUUGAAAAAAUAAGCAACAGUGGUGGAGGGGAAAGAGAGAGAGCAAUGAAGAGAGGAAAGCCAGAAAUAAAUGAGCCAGGGAAGAAGGGGACAAGACAGCAUCCAGGGCAGGCUCCGGAGAGACACUGAAGAUGCUGCUGCUGCUCAUGCUCCUCGGGGUUGCUGCAAGCAGAUGUCUACACGAUGAGACUCAGAAGUCUGUGAGCCUUCUCAGGCCUCCUUUCUUCCAACUGCCCCCAAACUUCCGCUCUUCCUCUCUUGCCCUUCCUAGCUCCGGAGAGCCUCAACCCCUGCGCAUCCAAACCUGCUACAUAGGAGACCCUACAUCAGAUGGAGCUUGGGAUCUUGGGGGAGGUGGGAUAAGAGGGAAGUCUCGAGCCCUGGCCGCAGCGAGAGAGGCCACUCAGAGAAUCCAGGGUGUCCUAGCAGUACUCCCAGUGCAAGGACCCCUGCUUCUGAGUCGAGACCCUGCACGAUACUGCCAUGCUGUCUGGGGAGACCCGGAUACCCCGAACUACCACAGGUGCAGCCUCUUGAACCCAGGGUACAAAGGAGAGAGUUGCCUGGGAGCAAAGAUUCCUGAUGCCCAUCUCCGUGGUUAUGCCUUGUGGCCAGAACAGGGUCCCCCACAAGUGGUCCAGCCAGAUGGGCCUGGGGUCCAAAACACGGAUUUUCUCCUGUAUAUGCAGGUUGCCCACACUUCCAAGUGCCACCAAGAGCCCUCCAUCAUAGCCUAUGCUGCCUGCUGCCAGCUGGACUCGGAAGACAGGCCCCUCGCUGGUACCAUCAUCUACUGUGCCCGACAUCUCACCAGCCCCAGCCUCAGCCAUAGUGACAUUGUCAUGGCCACACUGCAUGAAUUGCUCCAUGUCCUGGGUUUUUCUGGACCACUCUUCAAGAUCUGGCGGGACUGCCCCUCAGGAUUCAAAGUUAGAGAGAACUGCUCCACAAGGCAACAAGUGACAAGGCGAGAUAAGUGGGGACAGCUGCUUCUCACCACCCCAGCUGUUAGCCACAGCCUGGCCAAACACUUGGGGGUACUAGGGGUUUCACUGGGCGUUCCCUUGGAAGAAGAGGGCCCUUUGUCCUCACACUGGGAGGCCAGACUACUCCAAGGCUCUCUAAUGACUGCUACCUUUGAUGGUGCCCAGCACACUCGACUUGACCCAAUCACUCUCGCUGCCUUCGAAGACUCAGGAUGGUACCAGGUCAACCACAGCGCUGCAGACGAGCUGUUGUGGGGCCAGGCAGGAUCUGGCCUGGAAUUUGGCCUGGUGACCACAUGUGGGACUGGCUCCUCAGACUUCUUCUGUACUGGCAGUGGGCUGGGCUGUCACUACCUGCAUCUGGACAAGGGAAGCUGCUCCUCAGACCCCAUGCUGGAAGGCUGCCGCAUGUACAAGCCCUUAGCCAAUGGAAGUGAAUGCUGGAAGAAGGAAAAUGGAUUCCCAGCUGGGGUGGUGAAUCCCCACGGGGAGAUCUACCAUCCCCAGAGUCGCUGCUUCCUUGCCAACCUCACUUCACAACUGCUCCCUGUAGAUGACACCAGGCAUCCUUCUCAGAUCCCACACCUCAAGGAAGUGGAGUUCACUGGCCGCUGCUACUUGCAUCAAUGCACGGAGAGAGGUGCAUAUAAGGUGCAGGUGGAAGGAUCACCUUGGGUCCCAUGCCUUCCAGGAAAGGCUAUUCAGAUACCUGGGUACCAUGGUCAUCUCUUUUGUCCCCGAGGUCGGCUAUGUCAGACUGAAAGUACCAAUGCUGUUACUUCCCUUCCUGUGAGUCUUUCAACCCAAGACCUGCUAUUCCAGCUGUCCUUAGGUUUAGCUGGACCUCCAGGACACUCUAUGGGGAAGGAACAACAAGAAGAGCUGGCUGAAGUAGUACUGCAGGCUCUGGUGAGAAGAGGUGGUGGUGCCAGGUGCUAUUUCCACAGCCCAUCAAUUACUACUAGUUUGGUGUUCACUGUGCAUAUGUGGAAGUCCCCUACCUGCCAAGGGCCUUCAGUUUCUGUGCUGCACAGGGCCCUGACCCUGACUCUCCAGGAGAAACCCCUAGAAGUAUAUCAUGGAGGAGCCAGCUUUACCACAAAAGAUAACCAGUUGCUGGUUACCUCAGACUAUAAUCCCUCCAUGACCCAUCUAAGUCUGACCACGGGACUCUGCCUAAUGCUGCUAAUCCUGGUGGGUGCACUGGGAACCAUAGCCUAUCAGAAACGAGCUACUCUUCAGGUGGGACCAUCUGCCCCUUACCAUUUACCAGAGCUCCACAACACAAGGGGCCCAGAUGGAGGAAUAAGGGAAGUGUGAUGUU